AUGUUUGGUUUCGGGUUUCAAAAGAAUGAGUUCAUUGUUGACGGUCAGACUGUGGUGAUCACUGGUGGCUCCGAUGGCAUGGGCAAAGCUGUUGCGAUCCAGUUGGCCGAGAAAGGCGCCAAUGUUAUUGUUGUCGCGCGUACCGUCUCCAAACUUCUGACUGCCGUCGAUGAAAUGAAGGCCAAAGCGGCGAAUUCGUAUAAACAGAAGUUCCAUUAUAUCAGCGCCGAUCUCACAGAUCCCGCCGAGUGCGAACGAGUUAUCGCGGAAGCUACCGUGUGGAACUCUGGGGCCCCUCCCGAUGUAGUGUGGUGCUGCGCGGGCUUUUCGCGUCCUGGAUUCUUUGUCGAUGUGCCCAUCCAAGAGCACCGGCAGCAAAUGGAUACGAUCUAUUGGACUGCGGCCAAUACAGCCCAUGCCGCUUUGCGCAGCUGGCUCACCCCGGUUCCUCCGAGUGGACAGAUGAAAACUCCUCGGAGACAUCUCAUUUUCACAUGCUCAACCCUCGCUUUCGUUCCCAUCGCUGGUUACUCGCCAUACUCUCCUGCUAAGGCAGCCAUUCGUUCUCUCUCCGAUACUCUAAGCCAGGAAAUCGAAAUGUAUAACGGGGCCUUUACUCAGCGGCACCGCACUCAUGCCCCGGCUGCGGAUGUCAAGAUUCACACCAUUUUCCCCAUGGGAAUCCUCAGUCCCGGCUUUGAUAACGAGCAGAAAACAAAGCCCGAAUUGACCAAACAGCUUGAAGAGGCCGACAAGCCACAAACGCCCUCGGACGUCGCGAAAAUCUCUAUCAGCGCUCUAGAGCGCGGAGAGUAUCUCAUUACUACUAUGUUCGUUGGUUCUAUCAUGAAAGGCACCGCCCUUGGGCCCAGCCCAAGAAACAGCAUUGUCGGCGACACUCUGCUCAGCUGGCUCAGCAAUUUGGUGUUCUUACAGGUCAUCCCAGACCUGCGCAGCAAGGCAUUCGAAUGGGGAAAGAAGAACGGACUUCCAGGCACUAAUACGCCCUCAUGA